GACUGUGAUUGGACGAGGGCUGACCAAUGGGAUGAACGGACUCUUUAUCGCACGGUAACCAAUCAACCCGUAACACCAGUCACCCCAACAAUCACCUUUAAUCGACAGAAGUACACAGUUUGCGGUGAGUUUAUCAGAAUUUUAAUGUAUCUGAUAUUUAUUGCUGAUAUGAGACGUUUUUUUUUUCAAAGCUGGCAUGAGUUUAAUUAUCAACAUAGUACUAAAAAUAAGGGUGGCAUUAACUAAUACAGCUACCAACGUACAAGUUAAGCUAACACUAGCUAAAAACGUUGAUGUUAGCUCCGAGCUCGACAACACGUCAAGAAGCUUCACUUUGCUUGUGUUAACGAGCAGUCAAAGAGACUUAAAACUACAUGGUUGUAGUAAAACUACAAGAAACUAAGAAAGAGAUUUCUGUGGCAGUUAGUAACCGUAUUUGCUGAAAGUAGUGUUGUUUCGUUCGCGAAUGACUCGUUCAAAAGAACCGUAUCUUUUUAGUGACGUAUUGAACCGAAUCAUUUCCUCGAGUGAUUCGUUCGUUUCGUACAUCAGUUGAGCUGAAGUGAGAAACAGCAUUGCCAGUCGAGCAGCCCGGGAACAAGGACCUGCACCGACACCUGAAUCACUUGGUGAACGAAUCAUGCAUUGAACUACACUCUCAUGAAUCACUUUUGUCAGACAAAACUACCUUUUUUUCUGCUGAAUUGCCACCCCAUCAACCUUCAUACAGUAGGACACGCAUGUAACAAGAAGUGCAUUAAACCCGCAGCAUCCUAUCAUUGCAGCGGUUUGGGAGGGAACGGUGUAUGCUCAGUUUGAAUUCUUCCAAACGUUCAGUGAACGAAUCACUCACUGAGCCCAAUUUACUGAGCAGACCUGUUAAUAGCAUGCCAUAGGACAGUACACUUAGAACAUCAUGACUCAUGAGCAAGUUCAUUUUUACAAACCUGUUUGUCAGAGCAACACAGCCAAACACUCGUGUCCCCCAGUCCCAGAAGCUUUGAAUUGAACUGAAUCCUGAACCAUCAGUUCAGGAGGUUGGAGUCGCAGGCUUCUCCAGCCAAGCGCUACAUGAAUCGAUGAUUUGGUGAACGAAUCUUGAACGAAAAGAACUGCAGUGCCCAUCACAAGCUGAAAGUGGGAGAAGUAUUUGUAGCCCAAAUUUGAAGUGUUCAAGUCAUAAGUGUUUAACUUUUACUGUUACAUUGACCAUCCGAGACAGCUUGUGUUGAGUGCUUUUGUUCAUCAGUUUGGUGGAGUGCACAUGUUUGUACUGCAGUUUUUUAUUCUAUGAGGAAAAAACUAAUUUCAAUCAAGCAGCAGCGCCUUUUUAUUUUUGCAUUUUUAAUCACAAGAGGCUGACUCACUGAGCGAUUAAUGUUGGUACAGUCAUCAUGCCCAACAGUUAUUGUUGGAAUGAUUUUCAUAUGGCAGUGUGGGUGGUGUGUAUGCAACUUGUGCUUAUGUGCAUGAGUGUCUAUUUUUUUUACUCUUUUAAAUGUGUGUAUUGGAACAUAAUCUGUAAAUCUGUGUGUGCAUUUAAUGAUUAAAAAAGUCCCUUGUGGCGUCAGCGGGUGUGAUAAAUCACAAUAGUGUUUCUCAAAACAAGCAGAAAGUGAGGAAAGUCACUGAUGAAUCCCAAUUGUAUAGUCUCGUAUUUAUCAAGUUGCCUCUUUUUCCUUAUUCCAGAGAUUUGUUUCAGUUAUUAUAAAGUGAGCAGUGUUAUUUCGUCUCACUGAGCUAUUACCAGGAUAAGGUCAAACUUGGUGUCAGCAGCGAAGCAGUGAGAAGCCGAUAAGCGAACUUACAAGCAGGGUUUCUGUAGAAGCAGAAAAGAUUUGUCUGAAAGGCCAAAAAUCUUUUCAUUACCAGCAAAGAAAAAGAAACAGGUUGUUGAGACAAUGUCAAAGAGUUUUAUUCUCUUGCUCAUUGUAUUUGCAAGUUUUAAAGGCUUUGUCACAGCAGCCUUUGGGUCUUUUUGGAAAAGUACAGUUUUAUUUGCUCACUGGACCUAGAUUUAGUUUACGCUUGUCUUUCCUUUGAGAGUUAUUGAAUAUCUUAUAGCUGUUUCCAAUCCCUCAGGCCCCGUGUGUUUGAUUUUAACUGCCUGAACCAGUGUUUGUUUCAUUCAUAAUACUGAGCCUCAGGAGAAAGGGCUGAACGGCAGUUUUGAACAUCAGGAGACACCAUCUUUUCCUCUUAACUGCAGUGACUAAUGACUGUUAUUGUGGAGCAUCCUCAGCUCUUUGUUUUGUAAAAUCAUGAUUCGUCUGAGAAAGGAGAAUGAUGAUAUGAAUGGGAGGAAAAGGAAAAAUGCUGCAAACAGAGGGCAGCCAGCUGGUGUGGAAUAAGAGGUAAACAGAUAAUAAGGCAGAAAGAGGGGGCAGUCUGACUGAGAUAGCAGCCAUCCUAACAAAAUAUAAUCUCACAGCAAACAUGUGAAAGUGAAACACACAGUCCGUACGGACUGGUUUAGGACCUGAUCACAGUGGAACGCUGACUUUGUUGCAUGUUUCUAGUCUGUUUUUGUCAUGAUUGACCUGUGACAAACGACUCAAGGCUCGUAAACAGAAUCAACACUGACCCUGUAGGCAGCAUGUUUACUGUGUGGGAUUUAAAUCAGCUGAUAUAAAUAAUCAGUUUGGCAGAGGUGGGCAGUCUAAACACAGUGUGACUCUUGUGUUUGACCUACAUUCAGCCUAUUGAAAAUAUCUCCUGGUAGAUAUUAACUAUUAUAGGAACAUCAGACCUCAGUUUCUGAACAGUAUCAACCCUCAUAUUUGAAGCUGUCUGUUGAGAUGAGGUGAUGAUACAGGAGAACCAGUGUUUAGAUUGUCUUUUUAUUUUUGCAGAAGUAGUGAAACAAUGAUGGAAAAGCAGUAAAUCUGAGAGUGAAAAGUCUGAGACCUGUAGAGACAGAUCAAUGCAGAAGUUCGACUAAAGAGCCUGGCAGUUGGUGUUUGGUAGACACACUGAUAUCUGUUGGUUUAAACUGUAAGGAGGAGAGAGGAAAGCUUUUAAGAGGCUUAAGAAUUUCUCAAGCUGAGGAGGAAAUAGUGUAAAGAUGGAGAAAUGUCACAUCUACAAGCUCAUGCAACUCUGCUGGACAGGAAAGGCAUUGAGCUGUAAAAAUGCAACAUGCAGUGUGAGCUGCAGGCAAAAAGGCUUGUUAUUAAAGACAUAAAUACAUGUUGUGUAGAAUAACAUUGACCAUACCAUGACCCUGACUAUGUGGACAUGCGUAUUUUUCUAAGCAAGAACAAGUGUGCAGAAAACAGUUCGCACUGUGAGUCUGAAUCAGUUUUCCUUCCUCUUGUUGCAGCAUUUUCACAUUUGAUAGUUUGAACCUUACUCUGUCUGUAUGACCGUAUGUCCAUGGAGAAUAUUCUUGAGCCGGCUUCACAUGAUGAUACUCAGAGUGUUGAACAAUUUCUACACCUCUGUAUGUUCUGUAGUUGUGCCAUAUUGUAUCUGUAACUGCUGAGGAAAAUGUAGGAUUUGGAUACAUGAAGCAUCUGGUUUAUUUUUGUUAUCUGAAAAAAUCGAAUUGUUUUCAAAGAAUAAUCAGUAAUUGAUCAUUAGCAUGUCCAAAUAUCAAUCCUUUUAUUUCUUGUUCAAGUCUGAGGAAUCUCAUCUCAUUAGUUUCCCUUAAUGCAUGAUUCCCCAUUACUUCAUCAACGGGGGGACAUGUUUAUGGGAAGAGAGGACAGUAUCUCUGAACUGUCUUUUGAAGUCUUUUAGAGCAUGGAUCUACAGGCAAAAAAGUGACCAGAACAGCUGAAAGCAGUUGCAGUAGGUACAUUUUCUGCCAUUGAGUGUUCGAUACAAACUUUUAACCAGCAGCCUUUUGCUUCUGGAUUCACAAAGAAACUGUCAUAACAGUGACAGAGAUCUGAAAAAGCUGAGUUUAAUUUGAUUUACUCUCAGAGACUAAUGACAGUAAUUCGGUAAGCUGUAGAAAACUGUCCAAUUACUGUUAUUUAUUUGUUUGCUCUUUUCAGCAGAAAUGAAAGGAGUAACGAGUCAAAUCUGCACUUUUCUCUUGGAUGAUUAUUACUCAUUCCUGCCUCUGACAGUUUAGUGGAUUGGUUGGAGUUUUUUUUAGAUUAGAGAAACAGUCAAAUUAAAGUGUUUCCUGAGUGCAUUUGCCGUGUUUUGAGUGUGUGACAGUGAAAAGUGAGGAGCUUGAUGCACCAAAAGCUGGACUGUUGUCAGCUCUUCCUCUCAUUUCUUCUCUCCAUGCUGUGAGACAUCAGCGGGAGCUCAGGUGUGGCGUGUAGAGCGGUGAUCAAAACACACCUGCACACCUGCUCAGAACAUGCUGGCCAUCAUUGAUGUGGAAAGGCAAAAGGCACAUAUACCGCUGAUCCCCAAACAUAAGAACAUAUAAUUAUGGUGCAUGACUCACUGAUUACACAGAACAUGACAGUGACUCUUCAUGCAGCCUGCAGGGUGGUCGGAUGUGACAUAAGAACUCUGUAUAUCACAACAACCUCUGAAGCUGCUGAUUUAUUCAGAAGCAUUAAAAUUAAAAUAAUUCCUUCAGCAGAUAGUAUACUGCUGUUAUUUCUCAGCCUGUGUCUUGGUGCUGCUGCUGCACGUAUCAUGAAUGAGGCUUUCUCUGCAGUGAAACUCACUGACGCACAUGUUGCUGAAAUAAAACAAGUUCACACAUAAAACAUAAAUUCCAUAAAUAAAACGUCUUUGUUUGGAGUGGCUGCUCUGAUUUCAACUUUUAAAUGAGUCGGUGAGUUUUGUAGCAUUUGAAUAAUAGAGGUGUAGGAGCCAAAUAUGCUGCUGUGAUAACAUAAAAUGAGUUGCAGUUCACUUUGUAUGCCUUAGGUGUCGCUGUCGUGUUAUCUGGGGAUCAGGAGUAAAGGUAGCUACAUUACUGUUGCUGUCAGGCGAUUGACCUGGGAGGGCAAAAGGUUUUCGACCGCUGUGGCGCUAAAUUCCGGCGUUUUUCUUUGUUUAUUCAGUGUUGCUCGACAUCAAUCGCAAAUGGAUUUUGGUAAUGUCCGUCACAUUAAAUUUUGUCCGCUGCAUCAGAGGAACAGCAUCCAGACAUUUUCUGAUCAUCAAAGUCUAACGGUAGACAUUAAGACAUCACAUUAAGUCAUCUUCUUUGACUUCAAAUUUAAAAUACGAUGAGCUAUCAGCUGCUGCCAUGUUGUUGUGUUUUGUUUUGUGUGGCUUUGUGUGAAUUUCCCUUCAGGGAUCAAUAAAGUUCUUCUUCUUCUGGUCAGUAUUCUGCACACACCAGUCUCAGCAGAGACAGACCAGAGAUGUCUCGAAGAAGUGUGUAAUCUUUGUAUUGAAAAACUUGAGGCCUCAAUUUCCCCUCAGUUGCAUUUACGUGAGUGAAGUGUGAGCCGUCAUAAAUUGCAUGAGUUUUCAAACAAAUGCAAAUUGCUCAGAGAUGUUGUUUGUGGAGUGUGUAUUUCAGGGCUGAAAGGACAUUUUGCAUUGUUUUGGUUUGUCACCAUCUUCCAAGAAAAGAAAAUAUGCCUCUCAGUGCACGGCUGAGGUUAUCAGCCGUUGUUGAGGACAUGACAGUCAUUUUACAACAAACCCCUCGGUGUGCCGUCGGUGUCUCUGAGGACAAAAGAUCUACUGCUUCUAUCUUGGACUGGAGUGUCUAUGUGUCUCCCUAAUGGCACAGGCAAUAAUGGGGACGUCCCAGUGGCAUAUAUCUAGACAGGAGUGAUAAUAGGGACGUCCCGGUGGAUUGUCUCAGUAAAUGGCUUCUUGUUGAUGUUCCAGGUAAUUGCAGACUGCAGCUGUCAUUGUUUUCAUCCCCACAGUUGGUUUGCUUGUCAUUUCUGUUGACAAGAGAAGACAUUGUUGUGCCCCUUCGUGCAGAGAUAGUUGAUUUCUGUGCUUGGGUUUGUGUGUGUGUCCCUGGUAGACGCCUGAGUGCAUCAGUGUUUGCUUGGGUUCCAUUAAUUUUGUAACUGCAGCUUUAGAGUGACUCCAGGCAUCAUGCAUCCAUCUUUAUCAAAAGAGUCAAAUAUUCCUCUGAUGUGGUUUUACAUGAGUAACUCUUAUGUUUGUGUGUGAUUGCAAUCCCAAAGCCUCCACCGUCAUAAAACCAGGAUAUUACCGUCAUAUAUCAUCUGUUUGCUGAAUGCUUUGUUACCAUACUGAAAAGCUACACAGCGGUACUGAAUAUAAAUUGCCUUAUCUUACUCAAGUGUGGCAAAACAACAUUUGAUAAACAGUUUAAUCUGUUUCAAAUGUCUCCAUGAAAAGAAACAUGAAUGCAUAUUCUCAAAAGAGUCUCGUAAAACCUGACAAAGAGGCGUAAAGUGUGGAAAACAAAUGAUGUGUCGUCUUCAGGAACGGGCUGAAGUUUACACUCCUCUGUCAUAAGAGAUAAGAAUUAGCAUAAAGAUGGUGAUAACUUUAUUUAAACUUCAUAUAAUUACAAAAGAGAACACAGAGAAGUUUGUUUAAGCAUUAAAACGUUGAGAAUGAGGUGUGUGAUCAGUGAUGAAUUCCUCUCAUCCAGCUCACAGCCUUAUUUUUAUGUGUGUCAUUUAAAAGCCAAAGUGCUGAUAUUUCUGCACACCACUUUUCCAAAGUAUUCAGUCUCUUAUUUUGUUAACAAGGUUUAUAUUAUGAUUGUGCCUCCAAAAGGAUUUUUUUUUCUCUGUCCCAUUUUCCUGACAUCCCCAUCUUCAAAAAAUCAGGAGCACAGGCACAAAAUGUAGGAGUGGCAAAACAACGGCAACGUCCAUUUUGACAUUUUUUAACAAUUCAUUAUUUUUUGCUGUGAGUAUGGUUUACUGUUUGUUAAAGGAUCUUAUUCUUUUCAGAGGCGACUCAGAAAAUAAUCUCUGCACUUUCCUCCAAAAUGAUGGAGAUUAAGAAUGACUUAAAGUAGGGCUGGGCGAUAAACCGAAAAUUUACCGAUACCGAAAUGUAUGACAAUAAUCAAUGUCAUUUUGCCAAUGUUAAUAUAUUCGGUGUCAAAAUUUUAUCAUACUAUAUUGUGACAUUAUAUAUCAUACUAUAUUAUGUCAUGGAAUAGUAUGUUUUUAUCAUGCUAUACUCUGACAUUUUUAAUAUACUGUACUAUGACAUUUUUUUACACCAAAAUUUGACAUUUUUAUCAUAUUAUACUAUAUUUUUAAAUACUACAUUAUAUUAUGACAUUUUUUUCAUACUAAAUUAUUAAAUUUUUAUCAUACUAUACUUUGACAUUUUUAUAACAUACUGUACUAUGGAUUUUUUUUCAAUAAAUAAAUAAAUCAAAGUUAGUUUUGGAUGUGUGUAGGUAGGCUAUGGUCUCAUGUCCCUUUAAGACGCUGUCCUAUGUCAGAGUCAUGACUCCACCCCAUCCAGUCUGUAACAAAGAGGGAAAGACAGGUGAGGAGAUGGAGGACGGUUCAAAAGUUGGAGCGGCUGAAGUAGACCAAGUUAAUGUGGGAGGGGGUGAGCAGCUUGUGGAGUAGUUAUCGUCCAUUUGUUGUUAUUGAGGUGAACUGCUCAAUAUAUCGAGAUAUUGAUUUGAGGCCAUAUCGCCCAGCCCUUACUUAAGUUUUGAUCAAGUUCAUCUUAAUAACCUAAAUGAUUUUAAGGUACUAACACAAGACUCAUGUGGCUCUGUUUUUGUCCAGUGCAUUAAAAGGAUCAAACAAAAAUAAUGAUAAAAAAUCUUAGUGCAGUUGGUGAUGUUUGAGACAUUAAAAAAAUAUGGUGGCAUGUCACUCUUCAGGCAGGAAACUCUGAUGGUACUUCUCAGUGUAAGCAUCUCUGCACACGUUUGUUUUCGAACAGGUUUGACGUGCUGGAUGGAGAACAGGGAGGCCUGGAUAACAAAAAUAACUCCAGCCAAACACUGCUCCAACACUGCUGCUCUGAUGAAUCAUCUGAAGAGCCUGACUCACAUUUUAGAAUUGAUGGCCAUUACCCUGUUUUCUCCAGUACAUUGCAUGACUG